GUUAGGGGUCGCCUCUCGUCAAUACACAAUACACGUAGAGAAUAUGCCAGGAACGUCAAGAAUCAUAGUGAGAAUGGCGGCGUUAUUGAAGGACAGAGGUCAGAUACCAUUCGAGGAAAAAUGGCCAUCGAUGCGACCGAUUAUUUUGAAAUUACUGAAGCAAGAGCCAGUGACGCAGGCAGAAUGGCAGGAUCUAUUUUACUCUGUCCACCUGGUGUGCAUGUGGGAUGAGAAAGGAGCUCCAAAAAUGAAAGACGCUCUCAAGGAGGAUAUCAUGGACUUUAUACAGCAGGCACAGCAGAGAGUUCUCACUCAUCAGGAGGAGCAAGCUCUGUUGAAAGCUUAUAUAGCUGAAUGGAGGAAAUUUUUUACCCAGUGUAAUUAUCUACCGACCCCAUUUCGACAGCUCGAGAGCUCUCUGGCUGGCAAAACAACCUCGAGUAUACAGAAGAGGAAUCCUACCGAGGAGAGUAUCGUUAAGAAGCUUAUGCUAGAUAGUUGGAAUCAGAGUAUAUUCAAUGACAUUAAGAAACGCCUACAGGACUCGGCAAUGCGACUGGUGAGGGCUGAAAGAAAUGGUGAGGCCUUUGACUCACAGUUGGUCAUUGGUGUGAGGGAGUCUUAUGUUAAUCUCUGCUCAAAUAUGUCAGACAAACUUCAGAUCUACAGGGAGAAUUUUGAGGCUGCGUACAUCGAGGCAACUGAGGAAUUCUAUUGUGUCAAGGCACCUGAACAAUUACAAGCAUAUGGGGUUGAGAGCUACAUGAAGUACGCAGACACAAAAUUGCGGGAAGAGGAAUUGAGGGCGCAAAAGUAUCUCGAACCCAAUUGCAUGAGUGUUCAAUUAUUAACAGACUGUUGUGUUAAAGUUCUGGUUGCCUCGGCCAAGGGCCCCAUUCUCGCUGAGUGCCCCAGGAUGAUUCGAGAGCAUCAAACCGAUAAAUUACACUUGAUGAUGAAACUAAUGGAUCGAGUCACUGAUGGGGUUGGCCCGAUGCUAAAGAAUCUCGAGGAGCACAUAUCCAGCGCUGGAUUGGCUGACAUGAUGGCAGCUGUAGACGUUAUCACUCAGGAUUCGGAAAAAUACGUUGAACGUUUGCUGGAUCUUUUCAGGAGAUUCUCGGCCCUUGUCAAAGAGGCAUUCGACGAUGAUCCCAGGUUCCUCACCGUUCGCGAUAAAGCGUAUAAACUUGUUGUCAAUGAUUCGACGGUUUUUCGAUUGGAAUUACCCUCGAAGAGUGGGCCUGGUCCUGCCACUGCUGUUGGUGGUAAACCGAACAAUAAUAAUAACGGCCAACCGGAGUCAAAGUGCCCGGAAUUGUUGGCUAAUUACUGUGAUAUGCUUCUCAGGAAGACCCCACUGAGUAAAAAACUCACGUCCGAUGAGAUUGAGAGCAAACUUCGUGAUGUUCUUUUAGUUUUGAAAUAUGUGCAGAACAAGGAUGUCUUCAUGCGUUACCACAAGGCUCAUUUAACGAGGAGAUUAAUUUUGGAUACCUCAGCUGAUUCGGAAAAGGAGGAGAAUAUGGUGGAGUGGUUGAGGGAGGUGGGCAUGCCAGCCGAUUACGUUAAUAAACUCGCAAGGAUGUUUCAAGAUAUCAAAGUCUCUCAAGAUCUUAAUCAGCAAUUCAAGGAGCAGUGCAGGGCAACCAUAGCAGAUAGCAUUAAUAUCAAAAUUUUGAAUGCCGGGGCGUGGGCCAGGAGCAAUGAAAGGGUUACAGUUAGCCUGCCACUUCAACUGGAGGAUUAUAUACCCGAGGUUGAGGAUUUUUAUAAGAAAAAACACAGUGGAAGAAAGCUACAGUGGUAUCAUCACAUGUCCAAUGGCACCAUAACAUUUGCCAAUCAGGUAGGGAGAUUCGAUGUAGAUGUGACGACUUUUCAAAUGGCUGUGCUCUUCGCCUGGAAUCAACGACCACUCGAGAGAAUAUCGUAUGAAAAUCUUAGAUUAGCUACAGAACUUCCUGAUCCUGAGUUGAGAAGGACCUUGUGGUCUUUGUGUGCUUUUCCCAAACUUAAGAGGCAGCUCGUACUGGUGGAUCCUCCUGCCUCCAGUCCUAAGGAUUUCACUCACGAUACCAGAUGCUGGGUCAAUCAGGAAUUCGCUAUUGUGAAAAAUGGAAAACUCCAGAAACGAGGGAAAAUUAAUCUCAUUGGGAGACUUCAGUUGUCGACAGAACGUAGUAAAGAGGAGGAUAAUCAGUGCAUCGUGCAGUUGCGAAUAUUGAGAGUACAGGAGGCGAUUAUAAAAAUAUUGAAAAUGAGAAAGACGAUGAAUAAUGCACAGCUACAGACAGAGCUGAUUGACAUAUUGAAGAACAUGUUUUUACCGAGCAAGAAAAUGAUCAAAGAGCAAAUUGAAUGGCUGAUAGAGCACAAAUACAUAAAACGACAUGAUGAUGAUAUAAAUACAUUCGUCUACGUGGCAUAACCCGAGAUCUCGUUUUGUAUGUUCCUCUUCCGUUUCAUCAAUUGAUGUCGUGUAUAUUUUUAUAACAAUUCCUAAGAUUUCUACCAUUAUUCUCUUUCAAUACCAACGAAGAGUGAAUCAAGACUUAUGAUAAAUAAAGGGCGAUGAGAAGAAAUGAUUGUAUAAUCAGUUGAUGGCCUAUGGGAUAACACGUUGAAAGCGAAAUCAUGUGAUUAUUGGAAAGCAUUAAAAUUCUCAAACGUCUUCAAACAAAUAUAAAUAUUAAAAUUAAAUAGUCUAGUGUCCAGUGGAUCAAGUCUGAUAGGGAAUAUCUUGUAUAAAGCCUUCAAUAAUAUUUCAAUGAUUUAAUCAAGCGUGUAACGUGUACAAGUUUAAACAUCAUUGAUUAAACAAUAAUUUUUUUCAAA